AUGGGCACGCUCUCGUACUUCCUCGGCAUUGACGUCCAGCGCUUGCCCGACGACUUCUACCUCUCGCAGGCCAGCUACGUCCAUGAAUUCCUCGAGCGUGCCGGCAUGACCAACUGCAAACUGGUGGCCACGCCCUGCGAGACGAAAGCAAAAACGUCUUCUCAGGAUGGAACACCGGUUGCAGACCCCAGCCACUACCGCAGCUUGGCCGGCGCCCUCCAGUACCUCACACUCACACGGCCCGACAUCACGCUCGCCGUCCAACAAGUGUGCCUCCACAUGCACGCUCCAACCGAGGUGCACGCCGGCAUGCUGAAGAGGAUCCUACGCUACAUCAAGGGCACGCCUUCGCUCGGCAUCCACCUCCGCGCCACGACAUCGACUACACUGACCGCGUACUUGGACACGGACUGGGCCGGCUGCCCCGACACGCAGCGCUCUACGUCCGGCUUCUGUGUGUUCCUUGGGGACUCCCUGGUCUCCUGGUCGGCAAAACGCCAGAUGACGGUGUCCCGUUCCAGUGCCGAGGCGGAAUAUCGCGGCGUCGCCAACCCAGUUGCCGAGUGUACCUAG